AUGAAAGGCGCGGGCGGCCUACUGCGCAUAUGGCCGCCAGCAAGCUACUCGUGCGGCCUUUGGAGCCCUUCACGGCCAGGCGUUUUGUUUCUUGGAAGAAUAGAUGGUAACCUGGAGGUUUGGGAUAUCAGAGAUCAGCUGCAGAAGCCUACUACUACCAGUGCAGUUUCUGCAACUCAGCUGACUUCUCUGGCCUUUCCUCAGUUGAAACAAGAAAAGCAGCAGAAGCAGCAUCAGCAUCCUGCCGGCUACUCUCGCAGCAAAUCGAGAAAGCUCACAAGACAGCCUCAGGUAGCAGACGCAAUGGCGAUAAGUAGUGAACCCAGCCCUGCCCUGGCCUACCUCGCAGUAGGUGAUGCAACGGGUGCUCUGAGGGUCCUUAAGCUCUUCCCAAGCCUGACAAACCCCAAUCCAGAUGAGCUGAGCCACAUUUCUGCAAUGCUUUUAAAGGACGACGGGCGAGUGGAGUAUUUGAACGAGAGGGAAGCUGUUCUUAAAAAGGCAGCAGAAGAGAAAAACAAACGGCAGGCAAUUGAAAGAGAAUCAGAAGAAAUCGAAGUUCCUCCCGAAGAGGACAAGGAAAGCAAUGAACUCCAAGCAAUUGAAGCUGAGUAUAAAGCGAUGGAGGCAGCUUUCCUUAAGGAGCUGCAGCAGCGUGCGACGGAAGAGAACGCAACACAGCCGUCGGCUUCUGCUGAUGAGAAAGAGAAGAAGACGAGUCUAGCGAGAUGA